AUGUCCAAUGGUGGGAUUAUCAAUAAACCAGGAAACUAUUAUAUCUCGUUUAAUAAAUUCAAAAAUUCAAACGAAAGAUCGAUUUAUUUAUCCCAAAUUGGAUCAUAUACUGAUGUUCUUGUUGAAGACUCUUCUUUUUACAAUAUAGCAUCCUCUGGUUUGGGAGGAUCACUUUUUGUAUCCACCAAAGGAAGCUUUAUUCAAUCAAGAUUAUGUUCUAAGUAUUGCAAAUGUACUGAAGAAGGUCAUUUCUCGUACUUUGCUACUGAAAAAAACACUAAUUAUACUAAUUUUCAAGUUGAUUGCUCUCAAGUUGAGAAUGGAAAGUAUGGAGUCGCAUUUUCCUCUACAAGACUUUAUUAUGGAAACAUAAUUCUCUCUGGAACUAAUAUUUCCAGCUGCUUCGCACGACAAACGUCAUCCAUGAUCAUCCGAUAUGCAAAUUCCACAGCUCAAAACUAUUUUUGUACAUACCAUAAUUGCAGCAAUAAUGAUGGAUAUUGUAUAUGCUAUUCAGGAUCAGAUGCUAGAGUGUGGCAGUGCAAUAUUAUUGGAAACAAGGCGCCCUUUAAUAUAUUUGCCCAGCAAUAUUAUGGAUUAGUAAGUGCAUUUGAUUGCAUUUUUAUUGAUAAUAUUUCUCCAGUCCUGAUUGCAACAGAUACACCCGAUUCAGUCGUUCUAUACCGAUGUUUCUUUGAAAACAACAGUGGAACUAUUUCAGCAGCAACAGAAAGUAUGACCACUGACUCAUUUUCGCUUAGAUUGAUGCAUCUUUCCACUGCAUUUUGUAAUGCAAAGUAUAAAAUUGACUCACCAAUGAUUGUUUGUCAGUCAAUUGCUUGCAAGUAUUAUCUUCCAAUGGGAGAUCUAUCAAUAUAUGUUUUCAUUCUUGUAUAA